CUGCUUUCUACACAUGCGCACCGUCGGGCGUGCCGUCUCUCUUCUGCCCGAGCGCCGCCAAGAUGGUGUUUAGGCGCUUCGUGGAGGUUGGCCGUGUGGCCUACGUCUCCUUUGGCCCUCAUGCCGGGAAAUUGGUCGCGAUUGUAGACGUUAUUGAUCAGAAUAGGGCUUUGGUUGAUGGACCCUGCACGCAGGUGAGGCGACAGGCUAUGCCUUUCAAAUGCAUGCAGCUCACUGACUUCAUCCUCAAGUUCCCACACAGUGCCCGCCAGAAGUAUGUCCGGCAGGCCUGGGAGAAGGCAGAUAUUAAUAAAAAAUGGGCAGCCACAAGAUGGGCCAAGAAGAUUGAAGCCAGAGAAAGGAAAGCCAAAAUGACAGAUUUUGAUCGUUACAAAGUCAUGAAGGCAAAGAAGAUGAGAAACAGAAUAAUCAAGCUUGAAGUUAAGAAGCUUCAAAAGGCUGCUCUUCUGAAAGCUUCUCCCAAAAAAGCACUAGCUGCAAAGGGUGCAGCUGCAGCAGCUGCUGCAAAGGUUCCAGCAAAAAAGGUGACUGCUGCAGGCAAGAAGGCUCCAGCCCAGAAAGCUCCUGCCCCGAAAGCCGCGGGCCAGAAGACUGCUCCUCCUAAAGCUCAGAAGGGUCAGAAAGCUCCAGCCCAGAAACCACCUGCUCCAAAGGCAUCUGGCAAGAAAGCAUAAGAGCAUAAAAGGCUAUUAUAAAAGUAAUAAAGGUUCUUUUUAACCGUUG